AAAAAAAAAAAAAAAAAAAAACAUCAACUAAUUGAAUAUAAUUGAAAUACUUCCUUUAUUAAGUAUAUCACAGACCAACCUGUGUUUUUAUAGACCGAUAGCUAGUGUCCCCAGAGCCAUAUUCGCGUACUGCCAGUCUGUCCCGGCAGUUUAUCUCUUUUGAAUCACGUCCAGAACCUCUCCAGCUGAUCCUUGUUGUCCUUUACCCAUUAUCUUUGUGGUGAACUGAUUGGUAAUACCUAUCCGCGUGAAACACUAAUAUUUGUAUUGGAGUGAACAUUCUAAGUCUAAUCCAUACGUAUGAACCGCUUAUGUUUGCAGAAACUUUAAAUUUGAGUCCAUCUUUAUAUGUAUAUUCAACAGUUUAAAAUACUUUAAUGAAUCAGAUCAAAGUGAAAAUAGCCAGAAUACUGGAAAUCAUUCUAUCCACGGUAUACCUUGUUCUACUUGUGCUUUGUAUACCUUUGGCGUUUGACGUGGGAGGAAUUGCUUGUGGAUUAGCGUUUUCCUUCACUACAUUUGCCUUAUACUUCAUCUUAACCACUAUAAGACUAAUUACUAGGAGAAGUAAGUAUUUCAGGUGGGUUUCCAUUCUAUAUUACUUACAACACAUUCUUUUACCAAGUUUACUCACUUUUUUCCUUUCUUACUAUAAUUCAUCAAAGAAGGUUCCUUCUUUUAUGGUAAUUGAUGUUUGGAAAUUAUUCAUUGUUAAUUCCACUCCUAUUUUCACCAUUUUAGAAGGUUUUUGUUCUCUUCUAUUGAUUCAAGCUGUUGGUCAGACUUUACAUUGGCUAACCGUGUAUAAAUCUGAUAGUUGGCUUAUUGUUAGUCUUGUUGGUAGUGGUAGUACCAUUGCUGCUUCUUUAUACUUUCUUUACAGAAUUUAUGUCUAUCCCUUCUCAAUAGAUAUCAUAAGUGCUUCCUUGUUGGGUUCCUUAUUGACUUUGACCAUUGGUUUGGCCUUAUUUGGAAUUGUUUCAAAUAAAGGUUCCAUGAUUGAAUCGUCUUUAUUAUUUGCUUACAUUGUUCGUUGUAUCUACGAAACUUUCCCAAUUCUUUCAGAAGAUGCUAGUCAAGCAUUAACUUCUCUUUUCACUCAAACUACUUUCAACUUAAAGGAUGAAGUUCCAAGAUUACCCCCUCAAUUAACUAAUACUAUUAGUCAAUUAGUCCCAUUUUUGGCGUCUAAUCUUCCAGGAUCUUUUAAAACAGUUUGGGAAUUUUUCGUAAUGGCAAUCCAAAAAUUAACUUUACCCCUUUUAUUGAAUCUUGCUUAUAGAAUUGGAGUUUUUUACGCAGCUACAAAAAUUAUUCCUUCCUUAUACCAUGGUGCUAACUAUCCUUCGUUAAGUCCUCCAAGAACACCACCUCAAGUUCGCUCAAGACAAGCCUCAACUACUUCAAUCUCUACUCUUAACUUAUCACCUCCCUUUAAUCCAAAAGAACCUGUUGAAUCGGAUGAUCCAAUUGCCGAAAUUUCAAAUGAUUCAAAAAUUGAACCUUUAGUCUCUACUCCUACUUCAGGCUCUCCUACUUCCUUAGCUCAUAAAAAGUCAUCUCGUCUCAAUUCAAUUAAAGCACAGAAACCUUCUACUAUAAUACGCUUGAUCUAUGCUUAUUCACCUUGUAUCAUCAUAGCUGUUUAUACCCAUCUUAUGAUGCUGUAUAACGGUGAAUUAGGUACUGAAUUAAAAUUAUGGGGGUUCUGGGAAAAUGAUGGAUUUGAAAUCAUCGUCCACCCUUGGCAAUUUUGGAAUUGGGUUAAUAUGGGUACUACAUUACUUUUAUACACCGCUGAAUUAUCUGGUAAUAGCGCUAAUUCAGGUGGCACUGCAUUAACCAGUCAUUGGAAAAUUGAAUAG